AUGACGCUCGGUUUUGGCGUUAGGUCAAAUAGUGCUCAAUCUAAUAUGAAAAUAGCGUUCGUUCGUAGCGUCCGUCCAGAUAGCAUAGUGUUCGGCAAUAAGACGAAGGGGGAAUCUGAAGGACAGCAGAGUCAGCCUGCUAGGAAUGGGGGAUCAUCUGGAUCUCGUGGUGGGUUUAGCACCAAGAAGACCCCGUAUGCUAGACCAUCCUUUUCUUCUGGGUCUAAGGGUUCAUCCUAUCAACCAUCUGUGCAGUCAGGAUCAGCCGGGCCAUCCGGCACCGUUAAAUGUUUUAAAUGUGGAGGACCUCAUUAUCCGAGCAACUGCCCUAUGGGAAGAAGAGCAGUGAAGUGUUUCAAGUGCGGGAAAGAGGGGCACUUUGCCGAUGAGUGUACUUCUGCAGUAGGAUUAGGUUCUCAAGCACAGAAGACUAAUUUGCCUUCACCAAGGGAAGGUGGCAGACCUCCGACAAUGGGCAGAGUGUACGCCCUGGUAGGGUCAGAGGCAGUCAGCUCAGGUAACCUCAUCAUCUGCAUUUGUUUACUUCUUGGUGUGCCUUGUGUUGUGCUUUUUAAUUCGGGGACAGCACACUCCUUCAGAGCUAAGGCAUGUGUUGAAAAGUUGGGUAUGUCUGUAGAAGAGUUAGGCGUUGAUCUGGUGGUGUCUACACCAACAUCAGGGUUAAUCAGGAUGUAUUCUGUGUGUGCGAUUGUUGUAGAGGGACGUCGAUUCAAGGUAAACCUUGUCUGUUUAUCUUUGCCAAGAUUAGAAGUAAUCUUGGAAAUAGAUUGGUUAUCUACCGAUCGCAUCCUGGUUGACUGCGGUAAUAAGGAGAUGUUGUUUCCUGAUGAAGACGAAUAA